AUGAAUAAUAAUAAUAAAAAAGGUGUUUAUAUAUUAUGGGUACAUGAUCAACAAUUUAGUAAAGAAGAAUUAGUAGUAAAUCCAGAAUAUUUUCCUAAAUUAAAGAUUAUGGAUGUAUUAAAGAUAUAUUCACCGAGUAAUCCAAGUAAGAGAUUAUGUUUAAGGGUGAAACAAUUAUCACCACUAAAAACUAAAUUACAGAUAUCGAUAUCAAAAUAUGUAGCGGGUGUAUUUGAUUUUGCAUUAAGAAAAGAGGUGGUAGUUAAUAUAAUACCCGAGAAACAAGCGAUUAUAGAUUUCGUAGAGUUGUCAUUCAAGGAUCAAUAUAUUGGUAGAUCAGAUAUGUGGAGAUUAAAACUCAACCUUCAAAACGAAUGUGUGUACGUAUUGAAGAAAUUGGCAUUCGCACAAAUUAGAGCACAAGUUGAAGAGAUGGUUUCGAAUGGUCAAAAGGUUAGCAGUGGGUUAAUAGAUGAUUCAACGAAAUUUGUAUUUCGUUCAAGAUCAGCUAAAUUUGUAUUAUUCAUUCAGAUGAGUAAAGAAAUGUGGGACUAUAGUCCAGAUGGUGAAUUGUACUUUGAAAAGGCUGUAAACGGCUUUCUAAAGAAUCUAUUUCAACGUUGGAAAUCUUUAUCAGUGAAUCAUACAAUUACCAUCAUUCUAUUCUCUAGAACUUUUCACGAAAACGAUGAUAUCCUGGAUGAAAUUCCAAACAUACCUCGAAAUCCGCAAGGUAAACUAUAUCAAGAUUUCUAUAAAGUCGUUGUCAAUGAAGAAACACGUCCUGAUUGGAGUUCAAUUAUUGUAAAUUUAAAACGUGAAUUCAAUGACUAUCAUACCUCUGUCAAUUGGGAUAUCUAUGGUAGAAAUAGUGCUUUAGGUAAAAAUUCAACUGCUUCUCAAGGUAAUUUCUUGGAAGCAAUAAAUUUAGGAAUGUCAUAUUUUGAUAAGCAUUAUAUUGAUAGAGAUUUUACACGUACAGGUCAAAUGAUUGUAGUUAUUUCAGCAGGUACAGGUAUAUUUGAAGUUGAUCCAGAUAUUAAUUUAAUUACAAAACAAAGAAUGAUUGAUAAUGGUAUUGGUUGUGAUUUAAUUUGUUUAAAUAACCAUCCAUUACAUGUUGUACCAUUAUUUAAAUUUACAAUAAGUAAUCAAAAUAAAUCUCAAAAUACUAUUCAAAAUAAUAAUAAUAAUAAUAAUAAUAAUAAUAAUAAUAAUAAUAAUAAUAAUAAUAAUAAUAAUAAUAAUAAUAAUAAUAAUAAUAAUAAUAAUAAUAAUAAUAACAACAACAGUAAUAAUAAUAAAAAUAAUCAAAAUAAUGGUAAAGCCAUUAGCAAUAUAGGUAGAAAUAAUAAUAACAGUAAUAGUGGUAGUAGUGGUAAUAGUAAUAAUAGUAGUGGUGGUCAAUUAUAUAAUUUCCCAUAUUGGUUAGCAAUAAGUUUUUAUGAUGAAAAUAAUACAACAACAACAACAACUGAUGUAACAACAAAUGAUAAAAGAAAUGGUUUAUUCGUACCACAAUUUAAAAUACCUGAAAAAGUGAAUUCAUUCUAUUAUGAAGAUGAUGAAAAACCAGUUUAUGAUUUUUAUAUCCCAAAAGAUCCAAGAAAUUUACCUGCAUUUGCAACGCCAAAAAUUAAUCAUAAAUAUACUUCAAAUUCUUUAGGUGUAAAUUCUUAUGAGGAUACUAUUUUUAAUAUGCCAAAUGGUGGUGGAAUUUUAGAUGAUAGUAAUGCUCUUGGUGGAAAUAAUAAUAAUAAUUAUAAUAACAAUAAUGGUAAUGGUAAUGGUCAUAAUCAUAAUAAUCAUAAUAAUAAUAAUAAUAAUAAUAAUAAUAAUGACCAUGGUGGACAUUCUGAUACAGAACCUUCAGAUUUUAGUGAUACAGAGGAUAAUUCUUCAACUACUCCAAAUAGUCAAUAUUCAAGAGUUGCUAUUGGUUUAAAUGAUAAAAAGAGAGCAACUUUUCAAAUUGGUGGUACAAGAUCUUCUUCAUCAUUUGAGAAUCAAAGAACUAUAAUUAAUUCUACAACUUCAAAUAAUAAUAAUAAUAAUAGCAAUAAUGUAGUUAAUAAAAGAUAUACAUCAACUCAACAUCAACCAAUUUUACGUAAUGGUGGUACUAUUAAUAAUAAUAAUAAUAAUCAACAAAAUCAUCCAAUUUCACCAUCAAAUUCAUUUGAUCAAAAAACAAUACCAUAUCAUAAUCAAUUAUUAUCAACGAUACCACCACAAUUAUUUGGUAAAAAGAAGAAAGAGAUUAAUCCAUUCACUUAUGAUUCUACACCAUUCCAUUUAACUAGUAAUAGAAGAAGAUGGUCACAUUUAUGGUUUUCACCAAAUACUUAUAUCUUUGGUAAAACCAAUACAAACCCGAAUCCAUUCUUACCAAAUUGGAAAUCACUUUGUGAACCUGCAUCAUUACCAAUUACAACUGAUUACUUCCCUUCAACUAAAGAUUUAAAAGCAAAAUACAGAGAAUACGUUCAUAAUUUAACAUUACCUGAUGAUAAUGAAUAUACAAAUAGUUUUGAAGCAUUAUUAAAAGAAUUAAUCUCUCAAAGAUUAGCUCAAGGUUAUCAAUUAAUUAUGAUUACAAAUUCUGAAAUUGAUCCAACUACAACUACAACUACAGGUGGAACAACAACUCCUGCAACAACAACUCCUGCAACAACAACUCCUGCAACAACUGCAACAUCAACAACUCCUACAACAAUAAUAACUCCAACAACAAAUCCAUCAACUGCAACAUCAGCAAUAGCAACACCAUCAAUGGCAACACCAUCAUCAUCUACAACAACAACAACAACAACAGCAAAUUUAUCUACAUCACCACCAAAUUCUAGUAAUACAGUGCCAAAUAGUGGUGGUAGCGGUAAAGGAACAAAGAAAUCAUAUCAACUUAGUUUAGGUCACGAUUUUCAUUCAAUUACCUAUGAUCCAAGUAAUCUUAGUAUUCAGGUUAAACGUUAUCAAAGAUAUAAUGGUAGAAAUAGUAGUGGUUCAAAGAAAUUAAGAUAUCAUUACUUUUUAAAUACAAUUCAUUUACAAGGUUUCCUACAUAAUUCAAUUGAACUUCAACAUACUGCAUCAAGUGAAUAUCCAUGGAAUUCAUUGGAUAAUCUUAUCUGUGGUCAAUUGGCAAUGUCAGGAUUUGGUCCAAGAAUAAAGUAUUGGAGAGUUUUAUAUGCUAUCAUUCCAACCGUUGAAAAUAAUCAACAUCAACAACAACUACAACUUGAACAACAAGAGAAAGAAAAAGAAAAAGCAAGAUUGGCUGCUUUAGAAAAAAAGAAACCUUUCCCAAGAGAAGAUUCAUUUUCAACUUUAAUUUUACCAACUAAUUCUUCUUCCUCUUCCUCUUCUUCUUCAUCUUUACCUUCAACUGUAUCAACCACUAAUACAAAUACUAAUAAUAAUAAUAAUAAUAAUAAUAAUAAUAAUAAUAAUAAUAUAAAUACAACUGUACCAACAAAUGUACCAACGACAACAACAACAGAUGAUUCUACUGUUAAAAAUACUUCUACAACAACAGCAACUACUGCAACAGAAGACCAUGGAUUAAAUACUGCAUUUAAUUCUUCAAGUAUUCCAAUCCCUUCAAAAUUGGCAUCACCCCUUCAAUCACCAAAUCUUUCACCAAAAGCAUCUUCCGUUUCAACUUCAAUGGCUGCAUUAUCCUCAUCAACUUUAGUAUCAAGUAAUGCUAAUACUACAACCACCAAUAAUCCUGUUUUAACAACUACCACAACAACAACAACAACAACAGCCGUAUUAAACUCAAAUGGAACUCCACUUGUAAAUAGUAAUAGUAGUAGCAAUAGUAAUUUUGCUCAAAACUCAAUAUCAAUGUUAAAUGGUAGCCAACAGCAACAACAAUUAAUUGGUAGUCAAUCUGCACCAACAUCCCCAUUAACACCUCAUAAAAAUAUUAAUACCAAUAACAACAACAACAACAACACCACCACUAACACCACUAAUAAUAACAAUAGUGUAAUGAAUGGUAGUGCAGGAAUAAUCAAUUCAAGUAGCGGUUUAAAUGGUAUAAAAUCACCACCAUUACCAAUUUUACCUUCAUCCAACUCAUUACUUUCAUCAAAUGUUUCACCAUCUAACAAUAUAACACCUUUAAAUAGUAUAACAAAUUCAUCAGAAUUAUUACCAUCUUCCAGUGGCGCUAGUAGUAGUAGUAGUAACACAUUAAGUUCUUCAAACUCUGGUGAAAAUAAUGCGUUACCAGAACAUACAGAAGAGGAAAGAUUAAUAGCAUUUAAUAAGUUUAAAGAAUUUAUUAAUUCUCAAAUAAAUAGAAAUCAACUUGCUGCAAAUUCAAAUGCACAAUCUUCUUUAUUAAAUAGCUCAACUAAUAAUGCCAACUCAAACAAUAGUAGUAAUUCUACAAAUACCAGUGGUACAGUUAUUCAACAAAAAUUAGAUAUUAAAACGAUUUUAUUCUCAUCGAUUGAAACUUUUGAUCCAUCAACAAUAGUUUCAAAUGAAAAGAGUAAUAACAAUACUUAUACUAAUAAUAAUAAUAAUAACAAUAGUAUUAAUAGUUUAAAUUAUAAUAGUGUACCAAGUCAAGAACAAAUUGAUUUAUUUAAAGAGAAAUUAUAUUCAUCCAAUUUAUCAGGUAUUUUCUAUAGGUUAAAUAUGCCAUACCCAAUUGGCAUUAAAAUGACUGAAAGAAAAUAUGGUAUUAGAAGAACUUCCUAUAAGAAAUGUUUUAUUGGUGCUGAAUGUAUAGAUUGGAUGUUACAAAAUAUUGAAAUCACUAAAAGAGAAGAAGCUUUAAUCAUUUGUCAAAAAAUGAUGGAUCAAAAAUUAAUUAAACAAGUUGAAAAAUCAACUUUUGUAGAUGGUCAAUUUUAUUAUCGUCUAAAAGAAGAUGAUUUAUUCAUUAGUUCACCAAUAAUUAAAACAAUUAAUAAUACUAAUAAUAAUUUUAAUAAUAACAAUACAAAUAGUAAUAAUAAUCAACAACAACAACAACAACAACAAUCAAUUCCAUCAGUAACAUCCUCAGCUGUAAACUCACCAAAUAAAGAUAGUAAUACACCUGAUCAUUCACCAAUUAGUUCUCCAAAACAAAUUGGAAAUAAACUUUCAUCAAGCAGUAAUAAUACUCCAUCUACCUUUUUAAAUAGUAGCACAAACAAUACAAAUCAAAGUACAAAUACAACAUCUUCUUCAUCCUCAACAACAAAUAUAAAUACAACUUUAAAUACAAAUAAUACUUUAUCUUCCUCAACACCACCAAUAACUUCUAUUCAAUCCUCAAUGUCAAAUUCAACUAAAUCUGUAGUACCAAUUUCUUCAUUAUCUUCUUUAAUUAAUAAUCCAUCAUUAAGACAAUCAAAUACUGACUAUUUAACUAAUAAAGAAAAAGAUAAAGAAAAAGAAAUUGAUGAAGCCAAUGGUGAUAAUAAUAAUAAUAAUAAUAAUAAUAAUAAUAAUAAUAAUAAUAAUAAUAACAAUAAUAAUAAUAAUAACAAUAAUAAUAAUAGUAGCAAUAAUGGUGAAAAUGAUUCAUCAUCAAAUUCUGGACAAGGUAGUUUAAACUCAACCUUAUCAUCUAUACCACCAGCAACAACGCCAAAUACAAAUCCAUUACAUUUUAGUGGUGGUAUAUCAUAUGGAAGUAGUGUUCAAAAUAGUAAUCAACAUCAACAACAACAGCCACAACAGCCACAACAACAACAACAACAACAACAACAACAACAACAACAACCAAAUAAUUUAAUAGAUUAUUAUGAAAAUCCAAAUAAAAUUAGUGAAGCAAAAAUUGAAAUGGAUUUAUCAAAAACAGAUCGUUUUGAAUGGAUAUUAAUGAAAUAUGAUAAAACAUUUUGUCCAACAAGAUAUUUCCAUGUUGAAUUUAAUUGGAUAGUUAGUACAGGUUGUGUAGUUGAUGAUUUCAUUAAUAGUUGUGUUAGAAAAGCAAAACAAUUUGGAUUGACACUCAUUCAAAUUCCGAUGGAAAAGAAUUAUAGUCCAUUCUCAUUACCAACUCAUGUUCAUUUGGAUCAACAAUUAAUGUCACCACAAGUAUUGAAACAUAUUUUCACAAAGUUUGGUUUAAUACCUGAUACAAUUAGAAAGAGAGCUUCCUCAUUAGUUACCAGACAAGAUCUUUACAUCUUUAAUGAUUCCGAUGUUCAAUAUUCAGAAUAUGUUCAUAGAACUGGUCUUUUAUUCGUAAGAGUGGUCGAAGAUGGUUUCCUUUGUUAUAUUAACAAUGCUCCUUCAAAUAGACCAUUUUUACCUGCAGCUACUAUGUGCUUAGAAUCUUUCCAAAAUUUAUGUAAUCAAUUAAAUAAUUCUCUAUCUUUUAUUGGUAAUGGUAGUUUAAAUAGUAAUAAUAAUUAUAAUAAUAAUAAUAACAAUAAUAAUAAUAAUAAUGGAGGUGGUAAUGGUAAUCCAAACCUUUUAAAACCAAUCGAUCGUCAAGAAGCAAAUUUCCUAUCUUUAUUGGCAUUAGGUUAUAAACAAAAUAGUGACACUGAAGAAAAGAAUAAUGAAAGUGAUAGCGAUAACAAUCACAAUCAAGACACAUGCGAUAAUAGUGAUAAUGAUACCGAUCACCUUAGUGAAAGUCAUGAGGGUAGUCAUAAAAAUGAAAGUGAUAAGGAAGGCAGAGAUAAAAAUGAAAUGUGGGAAUCACAAAGUGAAGUAGUUUAUUAUAGUGUUAUGUCUCGUAGUCCAUUAUUAGGUUCAUUUAAUGAAUAA